GUUGAAACAUAACAUCUUGAUGGCUAUAUACUUUGCGGUUGCUACGUUUGCAAUCAUAGCAAUUAUUAUGAUCGUGUUAAUACGGAUCUACAAAACACUACUGCGCAAAAAUCAAGUUUGUGACAGUAAAUCCCACAACAAUACAUCCGUUAUUACAAGACUUGGUAAGCCUAAUCUUCAAAUGAUAAUCACACUUUGUGUCAUAUGAGUAUAUGGGUAAUGGUAACAUGCGAGAUCAUCUACACGGUAAACUUGCAGCUGCAUGUGUCAACGAGGAGGAUUCCGACUCCUCCGAGGAGUAUCCCGACACACCCUUUCUCCCUGACCCUGAACCUUCAUGGGUCUCCGAUGGUUUCAUUAGGUCCGAUCCUGUUCCCUAUAAUUACUCUAUUGAGGAGUUAUGUGUGUUCUGGCUCGUCGAGGAUGUCUCGAAACUUAAGGAUCUCAAUCCUUGUGUGAUUUAUGCUGAUAUCAAAUCAGCUCUUAUGAAACAGAGCUAUAGUUUUGAUCAGUUGGUGAUCCGUGUGUACACUAAUGAACAGCCUCCCUUCUCGGAAGAAGUCAUAAAUCCAUAUUUGCCUAUAGGUUUCCUCCCCAUAGGGAGUAUCAAAAAGUUGGUGAUACUCUCAGAAACCCUUGGAGAAGACGAGAAGUUCUCUAGGCUUGUUAAUAGUUUGAAAGCGAUCGGUUUCAAUGUUGUCUUACAACCGCUUGAAAAACUAUUAGGUGAAAGCCUUUCAGGUUUCGGUAAGGAAGUAAUCCGCCCAUGUUCUUGUCAACAACGACAAUACAGAGGUGGCCAUGGAAACAGAGUUGGCCGUGGAAACAGAGGUGGUCGUGGAAACAGAGGUGGUCGUGGAAUAAUUUUGGGCUGACUAUGAAGUUAUGUGCCAUUGAUGUCGUACAGUUUCAAGCAAACUCUUCAUUAUGAAAAAAAUUUUUGGAAGAGUUUACAGUCUCAGCAAACUCUUCUGGAUUAGUCCGGGUAAAUUAUCAGCUGCUUCUCUUAUCCACAAUCCAACUUCCAAAAAAAUAAGAUUCUCCCCAUUAGCGUUGCACCAUCAUUAAUCCAAGAUACCUCUAUAUCUUCAUAUAGAUUACAUGUGUGUAUAUAUAGAGUAAAAGACAUACAUACAAAGCAAAAGAGUAUUACUAUACAAAUGGAUGUGGUAGCAAGAUUGGCGUCACAAAGUGCAGUGGUGAUAUUCAGCAAGAGUACGUGCUGCAUGUCUCAUGCAAUCAAACGGUUGUUUUACGAGCAAGGCGUGAGCCCCGCGAUUGUCUGAAAUCGAUCAGGACAUUAAGAGUGGGCCUUGGCCCAUUUAGGCUGCAGCCCUCCGGUUCCUGCGGUUUUUGUCGGAGGGAAAUUUGUAGGAACGGCUUCAUCUCGAUGGGUCAUUGAAAAUGUUGCUCAAGGAAGCUGAUGCUUUGUGGCUAUAGUACUGGAUAUGUUCUUGAUCAAUUUAUAUUAUGAUAUUUACUUUUGACUUUUGAAAAUGUCUCCACUUUAUGCGCAUAUGUGAAGUAUUUACUUUGUAUUUUGAGUGUUAUUUAUGUCUUUGUGGAGGUUGGUUUAAUGAU